AUGUCCUUCCACUACGGGGGACACGGCGGAGGCCUCGGUGGGGGCCUCGGCCGGGGCUACGGGGCGUACGGCGCCAGCGGUGCGUACGGCGCUGCCGGCCCUUACGGCGCCGGCGCCGGCGGCGCGUACGGCGCUGCUGGCCCUUACGGCGCCGGCGCCGGCGGCGCGUACGGUGCCGGCGGCGCGGAUUGUGCGACCGCAUGCUGCGCCAGCACCAGCGCCUGCAUGGGCUGCGGCCCCGCCUGCGGCGUGGCCUGCGCCGAGGGUUCCGGCUGCGGCGCCGGCGGCAGCACGAUUCUUAGCUACGUCGGCGCGGGGGGCGACUACGUCCAGGAGACCACCUACCGGUACGUGGGCAUGGGCGCGGGCGAGUUCGGCGUGGUGCGCAUCCCAGGGCGCGGCCCGAGCUGCUGCCUGCUCGUGAUCCCCCUGGGGCUGUGUCUGCUUCUGCUGCCUCUCCUGCUGUUCGCGCUGGCGCCGGGCUCGACGACGACGACGACGACCACCACCACCACCACCACGCCGUUUAUUCCGCCGAGCACGGCGCCGCCCGACACCACCACCACAACCAAGAAGACGACCACCAAGCCGCCGCCCCCGCCCCCGCCGCCCCCCCCCCCCGCCGCCCCCGCCGCCCCCGCCGCCUCCGCCCCCGCCGACCACUGA